AUGGCACCUACGGAUGUAGAAGUACAACAAGCGGUUGGGAAGCCAAACCCGCGAAACAAUUCAACUAUGUUCAAAAUAUUUCAAAAUGUUCAAUACAAUGUGGUUCAACAUAAAAAAUAUGUGAAGGAAAUGAUAAAGCUUUACAAAAAGAUCGACCAGGACUUUUUUAGAGAAAGUUUUAAAAAUGCUCUUCACUAUUUAUUCACAUUUGGAGAUACAAGUGCGAAUGUAGAUCGUGUUAUUCAGUUUGUAGCAACAUUUUGCACAUCUCUUGAUGAUGAAGAAGAGUUUCUUAUGUUUAUUUUUGAAAUAAUUUUUGAUUGUCAAUGUGUAUCUGGCCAAUCAGUCAGAUAUAGAGCAAGUCAACUGCUGGCAGCCGUACUUGCAGCUCUUGGUGAUGAUGCCUCACUGGAUGAUGAUUUAUGUGAUAAAUUACUUACAUCACAGAUGCAACGUCUUCAAGAUACUCGUGGUGCUGUGAGAUGUCGCGCGGCCCUUGCGUUACAGCGUCUGCAAAAUCCAAUGGAGCCAGAUGAUGAAGUAACAAGAGCCUACCGUUUUCAUAUGAGCUGUGAUCCAAGUUCUUCUGUGAGAAGGGCUAUAGUAAUGUCAAUAGCAAAAUGUACUCGUAAUGUUCCAUUUGUCCUUGAAAGGCUUUGUGAUGUUGAUGAAGCAGUGCGGCGUGCUGCUUUUCUACAUAUAUCUGCUAUAAAUGUUACACAGUUAAGAGUUCGACAACGAGUACUUACAUUGAAGGUGGGUCUGAAUGAACGCAGUCCGCGGGUACGUCGCGUCGUAGAAGAGAUAGUCAUUCCGAGCUGGUUAAGCACUUUUCAAGGGAAUAUAGUAGACCUACUAAAAGCUAUUAGAUUGGAUAAUGCUCAUGAUGCGAAAGACUCGCAAUAUGUUGCAGGAAAACUUUUGGAGUCAUUAUUUAAGCGGCUUCCUAUAUCAGAGCUAUUAGAAUGGCUUCCAACGGACAAAACUCUUCGACUCAUACCUGCUGAAAAGCUCAAUAAAGAAACAACCUGGUACUGGCGCCAUCUUGCCGAACAUUUGCAGAGAAUAGAAGAUGAUGAAACAUUAGAAACUGUUUUGCCUGAUCUGAUUGUGUUGACUGGAUAUAUAAGAGCAAUUAUGGAGUCACCAUGUCCCUCCGAGACUGAGGAUCCAGUGGGCUUCGGCACCCGUCAAUACGUACUGCAAGAGCUAGGCUGCAUGUUGCGGGUGUACGACGCCAGCGACCCCGCCGGCCGCACCGCCUUGCAGACACUAAUCACUGAUAUGCUUACUGGUGACUAUGGUCCUCUCAACGCAGACGUAAUACGCGCGUUUGUGUCAGCCCUCGAACUGGCAGUACCGGAUAUAACGCCCCGAAUAGAAGUUAUAUGUGGAAUGGUGAAUGCGUUGCGGGAGCCGCCGGAAGUUGAGGAGGAAACAGUGGCGCCAACGCCUGUAGACUGUACGGAGAUUAAACUACAGAGGGCAAGACUACGUGUGUCUUUAAACGUCGCCAUAGAGGCGCAAGAGGAAGCUGUUAGAGAUGAAAACUAUGCGCUGGCUGCUGAAUGUAAAGCUAAAGUAGCAGAUAUCCAAAAAAAGUUAGAAGACUUGAAAGUUCAAAAAUCACCUCCACCACCACAAUCUAUGGCAACAAUCAAGGAAAAACAAUGUGAUACAGCAACAUUAAAUAAAUGUUUGGUAAUACUUAAUAGUGCUCUUGAUACUCCACAACUGAAAACUAUCACUCCUAUGUUGCAGAUGAUUUUCUCUGAAUUAGAGGCUGAAAUAUUUCAAAAUCCAGAAUUAUUAGACAAUGCCCUUGAGACUGUUGCUCUGUUUGGAAUGCUGGAUAAGGAUUUUGCUAAAGAUCACAAAGCAUUUUUCUUUGCAAAUCUAAUAGAUACAAGUAACGAGCCAACAGUGACGACGGUCCUCAAAUGUAUUGUGGAUUUACUCUGCGUGCACGGCGCGAGCGUGUUCGAAGAUGAUAAUGCGCUAAAUGAAUCUAAAGCCGCCGUGAAGAAGCGUAUCACGCAUCACUCUAUUGACGCUAUCGAUGCGGAUGGUACAAUAUCAGAAUCGGCUUUAUCUCUAUCUCCUACCCACAGUACUGUGAUAGAAUUGCUUUUGAAGAUAAUGGAUAGUGCAUGUUCAACAUAUAGACUUAUAAUAGUGGAAGGGUUGUGUCGUCUCAUAUACCUCGGGCAUCUCGAAUCUCCAGCCAUACUAAGCAGACUUUUACUGCUCUGGUUUAAUCCUGCUACAGUCGAAGAAGAUAAUCUGCGACAAACAAUUGGUAUCUUUUUCCAAACAUUCCCCAAUAGUGUAGAGGGAGCUCACGAACAAUUACAGAAAGCCACAUUGCCAACCCUCCGAGCGCUUGCCAAUGCGCCAUCGAGUUCGCCUAUCGCCGAAAUAGACCAGGAGGCAGUUGUUAGAUUCAUAGUAUCUCUAACUAAAGUCAAUCAUGAGCUACUGGACAGUCAAGGCGCGAUGGCGCUGGCGCUGGUGGGGCACCUGGCGCGGCGGCCGGCCUGCGCCGAGGCGGCGCUGGCGUGCCGCCUGCUGGCGCUGCUGGCGCCGCCGCGCGACGCGCGCGUCGCCUCGGACCUCAUCACUAUGCUCAGAGAUCUCACUCUGAAACUGCCAGACAAACAGUCGUGUCGAAAUCUAACACGGUAUCUUGGAUCUUUAGAAGCCCUAGAACGUGCAAGUCUCAAUAAAAUGUCAACAGGUACAACAGAAGGCACAAUUCAAGCAGAGGACUCGAUCGCUACACUCGGAAGGACUACAGCAUCUUUAACACAGCCACUAGCAUGGAGCACGCACGUAGUAAUAAACGACGUUCUAAUAGAAGAAUCGGAGAUAGAUGAUAAGUCACCCACUGAAAGUGUGUCCAGGAUAUCUGACGAACAAAAUAAAUCAUCAGAAGCAACAAAGUCUCCACCGCAAACAUUGGAUACAGGCACUCCUGCGACCAAGGAACCAACGGAUAUCGAUUCUGAUAGUAGCGGUGUUUCACCCGUCAAAAAAGCGAAAGUUACUAAAGGCAAGAAAAAGAAGCAAUCAAUAACGAGACAAGACUCCGGUCCCACUGAAACGAAACGUGGGAAGAAACCGGUCAAACAGAAGGUGCAGGGUGAGAAAGGAGUAAAGAGGAGUCGCUCACAAUGCUCAUUGGUGGAUGUGGAUAGAGCUAAAAACGAAGCAGAAAAUGAGUCAAAGAAGAAAGUACAACAAUCGCCUCCUUUAGAUGACUUGGAUAUGUCAAAUGUUACUGUUAGAAGAUCAAAUAGAGGUCUACAGUCAGGUUCCAGUACUGAGUCCAACGGUUCAGGUGGUAAAAAGAAAGGGAAGAAAACUCAAAAGAAGAAAGAAGACCGACCCCGUCGAGUGACUCGUUCAUCUGUGGGGUCCAGAAGCAGUGCAAGUUUUGUUCUCUCCGGUGACAACUCUGGUGACGAGACGGAACUGCAUACCAUUGUAUAUGAUACUGAUAUUCAUCAAGAAAUUUUGAAUGAUUCAAGCGAAUUAAUGGACAGCAGACGCUCAUCCAAAGAGAAUGUCACAAUCCCCGAAACACCUGAUGUGAGCGAUGAAUCUGAAUCAGAACCUGAAAUCCCAGUUAAAGGAAAAGGAAAGAAG